CACACACACAUGUAUAGAAUGUACAGUACUGACAAUUUAAAAUACGAAAGUCUUGAUGUAACAAAGAUAUUAAUUUGCGAUACAUGUAUACCGUGACAUCGCAAGGACAAGCAAAGUACAAAAUGAUGAUCAGUUACGAGUUAUUCGCUGUCUAUUUUUGUUGUUGUAUAAUUCGUGGACCAAAGUAACGUGGAGUAACAUAUGUAGCAUCGCUGUCAUUGACAUAUACUUCCCGAAAUGAGUGUAAUACUUGUAAAAUAUAGUAAGAAAUAAAAUAUUAUAUAUUGGCCAAAGACUGCUUCUCAUAUUUGAUAAAACUGACUUGUUAUCACAGUAUUAGAGUUGCGCGCGCGCAUUAAUCGUUACGCUGUAACGUAAAAUUAAGUCUGGUUCUUUUUAGCUGAACUUCUUGCACGGUCAUCUUAUCAUCUUUUCUUUUUUUCUUUUCAUGUGGGGAGAAAAAGAUAAAAGAUAUAUAUAUCGUACAAGAGAAGUUCAGCUAUAAAGAGCAGGCCAAUUCUGUAUAGGCAGAUAGGCAUAGGCUUGCAUAGGCUUCUACAUAUCUAAAGUCACAUCAGGAAGGGUUUCCUGGGUUUCCAUGGUGACGAUAGCAAACAAAGCGAGAAUAGAACGAGCUGACAAUGGAUAAGUGUUUCUCCGACUCUGAUCUCUGACCGGUUAUUAUCGGUAUUGAACAUCUAGUUAAACAAUUUGGAAUCUGUGCAGUCAUGAAAAUUAAUAGGCGUACGUCUUUCGAACGUGAAAAAAUUGCAAUUGGCAACUUUUCAAUAAAGUAUAAAUAAUAGAUUGUACGUGUGUGUGUGUGGGUGUGUGUGGCGCGCGUGUGUGCGUGUGUGUGUGUGCAUGAAUUUCGCGAUCCAUUAUUAUUAUUAUAAGAGUGGUCGAGUUGUGGCGUACCGAGGAUCUUAUCAGCGACGAAACGAGAAAAUAAAGUAUGGAUAAUGUUACAUAUGAUGAGACGGAGAGUAAAACUACAUCCUUGGCUGCCAACACGCUUAAAAUGCCAUCGUGGUUACUGGAGAUGACCGACGAUAUAGAAAGAAUUGGCAUAAGUAACGAUGCCGAAUCGCUACAAAUGGAAACAUUUUUAAUCGAUGACCAGCAUGGUUUUAAGAAUAUCACCGUCGAAACAGAAGAUGAUACAGAUAAACAACCUAGCGCAAGCUUAAGCGAUCUUUAUAUCGAUGCUGAUAUUAAAUUACAAACGUCCGCAAGUAAAUCACUGCCGAAUACACCGAAGAACGAACAAGUACAAGUUAAGCGGAGAAAAACACGUGCUUGUUCGGCCGUUUUAAAUACGAAAUAUCGUACAAAGAACGAUUUUCAUGGAUUUGAUGCAUGUUUGGAGAGGAAACAGAUGGAAAAGCGCGACACGCUCCAAAGCUUGGCAAGCUCCAAUAAAAAUUAUUUGGACGAAGAAGAAUUUUACUUCGAGCAUCAAAUACCAAAUGUCUCGAAUCGUGCAGAUACACGAUUACAUUUGUCAGAUGACAACUGUUCCAACAGUUCUGCAUUUAGCACGCAAAAGGAAGAAAAGUCGACAUUACCAUCUGGUAAACCUUACAAAAAUUUUAUUAUUCCUGAACUACCGUCCGGAGACUCGUUGAUCAUUGAUAUUCUCUCCACCUGGGGUGACAAACAUUACGUAGGCCUCAAUGGUAUCGAAAUUUUCUCAAAUACUGGAGAACCAGCCAGAAUAAAAGAGAUACGUGCACACACGACAGGCGCUAGUCAAUCACUGAACAACGAUCGUGAUCGUGAUCCUCAUAUUAUAAAUAACUUAAUUAAUGGUAUUAAUCGAACGAGAGACGAUGCAAAUUUAUGGCUAACACCUUAUUCGAAUGGCGACCAUCAUUACGUUUACAUGAUAUUUGAAUUCACGAUUACUAUAGCAAUGAUCAGGAUAUGGAACUACAAUAAAUCCAGAAUACAUUCCUUUAGAGGAGCCAAAGAUAUUAUUAUUAAAUUGAAUGACAUUAUCAUCUUUUACGGAGAAAUCGCUAAAGCUUCAGGAGACGACAUGGGUAGCCUCGAUUCCUUCGGCGAUACUAUAUUAUUUACGACGGACGAAAAUAUUCUGGAAUUGAUAUCAAAACAUGAUAAUACGUUCAUAGAAUUCAAUAAUGGGAUGUCCGAUUGCGAAGAGAAAGAAAUAAUUCGCCCAAUAACGGCAACGAUAACCAGUGACAAUAUUACCUCAGCGAGACGUAAAAGCAACGAUUCUAUUGAGAAUUCUCCCAGCUUGUAUAGCGAUAGCAAAAUUCACGAUACCUGCACUCUUACCGCUCUAUCAUGCAGAGAGAUUCAGUUAAUUAUUAUUUCCAAUUGGGGUUCACAGGAUUUGGUUGGCCUUACCGGUAUAGAAUUAAUCGGAGAUCAAGGUACAGCAGUCCCGUUGAUAAACGCCAAUUUGCAUUGUAAUGUGGCCGAUACGCAUUUAACGAGACUGAUCGAUGGGCACAAUGUUACAACUGAAAUGGAUCGCAUGUGGCUAGCGGACCUGACGUUAGAUAAGAGGAUCACUAUAACUGUUACCUUCGAUACGGAUGUGUACCUAACGAGAAUGCGGAUUUGGAAUUACAACGCAUCCUUGGAGUUAUCUUAUUGCGGAGUAAAACAGUUACUAAUUAAAUUAGACGGUAAACAAUUAUAUGCCGACGAGAAUGCCGACGGCUUCCUGUUGAGACGCGCGCCGGGAUCUUGCCAUUAUGACUUUGUCCAAGAAAUCAGUUUCCUUAAACCACCUGCUCAAGAACAUUUUUUGGAUUAUAUCACUGAUUCAAUUAAAUCGCCCGAAGAACUCGAGCCUUUGGAUUCGAACUACGAAGCUCCGUCAAUGCCGCGAGGAUUCGUGUAUCAAAUAAUAAUUUUCUCUACAUGGGGAGAUUCUUACUACGUUGGUCUCAAUGGGAUACAGAUAUAUGACAAUUAUGGAAACGAGAUAAAGUUAACUACAGAUAACGUAGCCGCAUUUCCUGAAAGCGUUAACAUAAUCGAAGGAAUAGAUAACGAUAUUCGUACACCGGACAAACUUAUCGAUGGGACAAACGAUACUCGAGACGGACGGCAUGCCUGGCUGGCUCCUAUACUUCCCGGACAAACAAAUCGUGUGUAUUUAAUAUUUUAUCAUCCCAUUAUGGUAUCAAUGAUCAAAAUCUGGAAUUAUGGGAAGACUCCACAAAGGAGAGUUAAAGAAUUUGCGAUACUAGUGGACGACUUGCUAGUUUACAAUGGAACAUUGGAUAAACACAAUUCAUACGGAUUGGUAACGUUUGUAAAAGAAAGCAGUAAUGAGAAUCUCGUAAAUCGCUCGAAGCAAGAGGGCCGUUUUUUAAACUUACGAAGAAAUACCUCGGGUACUACGUCAUUACCAGAUCCAUCCCUUCGCCCACAUACAUCUUUACAAUUUAAAUAAUCCAUAAUAAUGCCACAGAUGUUUAACACAUACUAAAAUUGUACAUAUAUUUUUACACUUACAUCGCGACUUUUUUAUUUUUAUAUUAGCGUCCCGUCUUAAUAAUUAAUGGCUACGGUAGCAUAUACAUAUAUAUCGAUGUAUAAUAUUAUAAUAAUAUUCAUACAUUUCCACAUGUUUCUGUAAUGACCAUCCCAUACGAAUGUUAGAUGUACAAAUGCUGUUUAUCUUGAAUAUUGUUGAAAAACAAUAAAAAUAAUUGCAAUAUAGAGAUUUACGAUAUAACGAUUUGAUUAGGUCGUAAGAAGAAGUAAAAAGAUAUGUAUACAUGAAAUAUAUCAUACGUCUCGUCACA